UCCCUUGGGAAGAUAUUUUGAUCAAAAGUCAAAUCAAAUAUAAUAAUAAAUCUCUAGAAAAGUUUCCACCGUUCCAACAUUCGAACCCUAUCCUCUUGCUUCCUUCCGCUUCCACUUGCCACUUCGUCCUUCCGCUUCUUCCCCCGAAGCCCGAAUCCUCUCUCUCCUCCCCGUCAUAAACAGGGACCUCAAACAAGUUCUCUUGUACCUCCGCGCUUCCAAGGAUUUGAUUUCUUCGCUCGUUGCGGAUUUCCCUACUGGCUGAGUACCAAUUUCGCUCGGUUUCACAACAAAUUUGGAUAUCCAUGCUCCACGUCAGGCUCGCUCCUGGGCCUGCACCGCGUAAUUUAUCUAGGAGAUGGGAUACCAGCGCAUACCUACAUAGCUGGUGUUCCGUUCCUUGUCCAAGCAGGCUCAGUCUCUCGAGGACAUAUUCAAUUAAAUCUUCUUUGAUUGGUAGCGCCACGGGACUUUGUCUUGGGCAAUGUUGCCGCAUCAAGCCUUUGUCCUGCAAAUGCAAGCUAGGUAGGUCUUCUCAGCCGCCACCUGACUCGAGGCAACAUUUUAGUGCAUCUUCAUCCGCAUCAGAGGCGGUUCUCACUGCGCAGUCUGAUAUCCGGAAACUUUUUGUUGCCAAUGAGAAAAUCGGCGUUCUGCUGCUAAACCUUGGAGGCCCAGAGACCCUUGAUGAUGUCCAGCCUUUCUUGUUUAAUCUCUUUGCUGAUCCGGAUAUCAUCCGUCUUCCUAGGGCGUUCCGCUUUCUGCAGAAGCCGCUAGCACAAUUCAUUUCUGUUGCAAGAGCGCCAAAGAGCAAGGAAGGUUAUGCAUCCAUAGGUGGUGGUUCACCUCUUCGACAAAUUACUGAUGCGCAGGGAGAAGCACUUAUGGAGGCACUAUGUGGAAAGGAUAUCCCUGCUAAGGUGUACGUGGGAAUGCGGUAUUGGCAUCCCUUCACCGAGGAAGCUAUAGAACAAAUAAAAAAGGAUGGAAUCACAAAACUUGUUGUACUACCUCUUUACCCCCAGUUCUCCAUAUCGACCAGUGGUUCAAGUCUCCGUCUUCUGGAGAGCAUAUUCAGAGAGGAUGAGUAUCUGGUCAAUAUGCAACAUACGGUUAUUCCUUCUUGGUAUCAGCGUGAAGGAUAUAUUAAGGCCAUGGCAACUUUGAUCGAGAAGGAGUUGUUGAAAUUUCCAAAACCGCAGAAGGUUAUGAUAUUUUUCAGUGCUCAUGGAGUUCCUCUGGCAUACGUUGAAGAAGCUGGUGAUCCGUAUAAAGCAGAGAUGGAAGAGUGCGUGGAUCUUAUCAUGGAGGAGCUCGAAAAAAGAGGAAUGGCAAAUCCAUCUACACUUGCUUAUCAGAGCCGAGUAGGACCAGUGGAAUGGCUGAAACCCUACACUGACGAGACAAUUAUUGCUCUUGGGCAGAGAGGGGUAAAGAGCCUUCUAGCAGUUCCCAUUAGUUUUGUCAGCGAACACAUUGAGACGUUAGAAGAAAUUGACGUCGAAUACAAGGAGCUGGCUUUGCAAUCUGGUAUCAAGCACUGGGGACGAGUUCCCGCUUUAGGUUGUGAGCCCACAUUCAUUUCAGAUCUGGCGGAUGCUGUUAUCGAAAGCCUGCCUUAUGUUGGCGCAAUGGCAGUUUCCAACCUUGAGGCUCGGCAGUCACUGGUGCCACUUGGAAGCGUGGAGGAGCUGCUAGCAACCUACGACUCGAAACGCGACAUGCUGCCUCCUCCGGUGAUUGUGUGGGAGUGGGGCUGGACGAAGAGCGCCGAGACAUGGAAUGGACGUGCUGCUAUGCUGGCCGUGUUGGCUCUCCUGGUGCUGGAGGUAACAACCGGACAGGGGCUCUUGCACCAGUGGGGUAUAUUGCCACCUCUCCCUUGACAAGCGGGGAUGGAUGGAUGGAUGGAUUUCAGGUCUCCCCUUGAGGGGAUCUGAUCGUAAUUUUGGUUCAUUUGGGGAAUGCCCUGAUGCUAUAUAUGAUGGAUCGAUUUGCCUUACGCCAAGAAAGGAAAAUAUGGACUGUAUUCGCCGGUGUAAAUAUGCUAGACUGAAGAGAGCUUUACAUUAUUAUUAUUAACCAAUAAGAGCUGUCGAAUCGUUGGCUACAA